AUGUCGUUCUAUUUCCAACCUCCAAUCUUUGGGAACUACCUCCUCCCAGCCGCUCCAGCAACUAUUCCCUCUAGUUUAGUAGUCUUGUUGCCUCGUACUACUUACACGCCUUUAUACUGGCAACCAUCACCCGUGAUUACCCCAGUACCUCAGUACAUCUUGACUUCGAAUAUCAGAAUCAAAAUCAUAUUCCACCGCGCAGGAACUGUCCUCGCUUCCAAUGAUGCCUAUUACAACUAUACGCCAACUCGCGAAACGGUUCUGGCGAAUCUGGCGUGGUGGUCCAAGCAGCAUAACCUAGGAGACCGAGUUUACUCAGGACAGUGUACGCUGUAUACUACGCGUAGUCAAUAUUCGAACCUUUCGAUUCUUCCUAAUGUUGGGCCUAUAACACCAGCCGACAAUGUACGAAAGGUUUCAUUCGCGGACCAGCUAACUGCCAACGACUUCCAGUCGAUCAUGUACCAAAUAUCUGCGAACAGCUACGGGGCGUUUAUUCUCGUCGACCAUGCUUACGUCCCUCUUCAAGUCCUAGCUCGGGGCUCCUCUGACCAGUCUUCAAAUGAUGUUGCGAAUAACGCCUCAAGUGACUUGACUAAUGCAGCUCAGACUGCUCCUCAUAGCACUCGUCAAGCUUCACCUGCACCACCAAGCUCCCCAAAAGAGCCAGUCAACACCAGCAAUGAUGAAACCUACAGCACAGGAAACGGCAACACUGGCACUCAAACGCCGCUUGGGCCUGUGGAUACUGACGUAGGUUCACCGAAAGGAGACAAUACUGAUGGGAGCCCUAAGAAUAUUGGUGGUGAGGAAUAUAAGCAGCCGACUGUAGAUGAGAGUGUAGAUGAAGAGGACGUUGCAAACGUUUAA